GGAACUUUGCAACUUGCCUGCAGCCUGGUCACAGAGAGGAUGACGAACAGUUCCCACACUAUGAAGACUGGUGUGCUCAUCCUGCUGGUGAGCCUACUGUUUGCAGAGAAAGCUCAGGGGUUACGCUGCUACCAGUGCUCGGGGUUCCCCAUAGUUGAGACCUCUUGCCAACCAGUCACCUGCCCCUACACUAACGGCGUCUGCGUUACUCAGGAGGUGGAAUCCACUAUGGGUGAGUUCUCUGUGGCCCGUAUGAAGAUGUGUAGCGGGGUGGGACUUGGGAGGAAAGUUCCAAGCACUUGUGGGCUACAGUUGUUUGUGGGCCAUAGUUCCCCUCCCUCCAAGUACAAGUUCUCAUGUGUGGGUGCACUAGGGGUACAAGUGUGUGGAGCCCAGAGGUUGACACCGGGCAUCUUCCUUGAGGACUUUUAUUUACUGAGGCAGGGUCUCCUACUGAACCCCAAACUUGCAGAUUCAGCUAGUCUAGCCAAAUCUUACAAAAUGACACUAAUAAACAAGUUCUGCCUGCCCACCUGCCCUGAUAAGGGGUAUCCUGGAAGUCUGGAAUUCAUGGGUAUCUCCGCCAAAUCCGAGAUUUCCUGCUGCAACACAGACCUCUGCAGUGCAGCAGGUGCCACUGGGAGCAGCAUCUGGACCCUGGCAGGGGUGCUUCUGUUCAGCCUUGGGUCGGUCCUCCUGCAGGCCUGGUUGUGAUGGUCCUUCCUGCCACUCCCGCCCUCAUCUUCCUAUCUCCAUGUGUAAUCACUCCUUCCUGGAGCCCUCUCAUGAUGAAUUAUGAGUUAUAAAAACCCUGAAGUGGGGUUAGGGUGUGGGCCACUCUGCUUCAACUGUAUAGCCCCCAUCACCACGUCCUUCAGAAUGCCAUUCUGCUGCGGCUUGCUGUUCUCCGUUCUGGAGGCAUGUGGACAGUACCGGGAAGGGGAAGGAUUCCAAGGCAUUGUGCCCACGUUGUUUACACAUAAAUCUCUGAGCGCCUGCGGGUUUCCCCUACAUGUCGCUCAAAGUUGAGUUCAAUAAACCCUUUGUUUUCCUAGCCAAGAACUUCACUUUUCUUUUGCUACCCUGGGUCCACUGAGGCCUGACUGCCGACCCACAUCUCUGCCCUUCCAGCCAGCCCCAUAGCUAUCUCAUGUUACCCAGAUCGGACUGGCGUAUCCCUCGGUUUGGGUGGGCCUUCCCUCAGAGCUGAUACUGGGAGCAGAGAGAGGGUUCCUCCAUCUCCCAAGAGCCCUUGAUUGUGUUGGGGGAAGGGAUCAGCCAAGGAGAUGAGCCCUCAAUGGUGGACAGGUCUUGCCCUGCCAGAU